CAAGGACAAACCACUUCGUUUCCUCCUCCUGUUCCUGGUAGCACCCUCGACCGUCCCACAACUUCCGCCCCUCAUUCAACGGCUAACGCCAAAACUACGCCUGCUUAUCUCGUGUGGCGAAUGAACAUGGAGGGAAUCUAAACUGCCCCUGCUUCAUAAGCCAUUUUCUAUUAUAGAAAUCCUUCCCAAUGAAAUCUCGCCGGCCGUAUCUAUUUUAUCUACUUUGCCGCCAAUUUCAAAUGUUUGUUUCUUUGUCACUAACCGUCCUCGCUGCUCGCCAAAGAAGCCCUCAUAUCUCCAUCAAUCUCUCCCCUUUCCAUCUCUCUCUCUCUCUCUCCUAUGCCCAAGCAAGUAAAAGCAUGAAGAAUGACAAGGAGAUCACAGCUUCAGAUCAACCCAUCAAGCCUCGACGCCCCAAGUCCCGCGAAGUGAGCUCACGCUACCUCUCCCCGCCAUCGACUCCCACUCAUGACAGUGGGAUCCCGUCGCCGACCCAAGGCUCGUCGCCAAUGCGGCGUAAGCCCAGCGCGAGCUCCCAUGAUUCUAGGAAGCACCAGAGCCUUGAGGAGUUGGGCUUUGCAAGAGGGUCGCUGUGGCCUUCGGCGACUGCGAUCUCGUCCCCUUCACGGUCCUCAAGCAAGAAACUGGACACUCUUGCGGAUCACCUCGGGAACGACAGGUUGAAUGAUCAUUUGGACCGCAAAGGCAGAAAUAAGGUUGCGAGUGCUGAGAAUUCUGCACAUUUGAGCAGGCAGAGGAGUGGCACCAAGAUCAGUAGAAUCGAGAAUGUAAAGGGGAGCAGUAAAGAGAACAACAGGCCCAUUAUCGGCGGUUCCAUGAGGUACACCGGUAAAUUAUUGUUUCCUGGCAGAAAAUCGUCAUCUUCGAACAAGGGGUCGGAUAGUCCUGCCCCAACAAUCCCUGGAAGAUUCUCUGUUGAUGAAAAUGCUCUUUACAAGAAAUCUUCCAACAGGAAAUCUGAUUCUUUCACGGACCACACUCUUGAAUCCGAAUCCGAAUGCAGCGAUGUAUCCUCUUCAGCAUCCAAUUUAUCGUCCACGACAACAAUGGGGAAAGCUGGUAUAGAGGUUUCUUCCAGGUACAUGAAUGAUGUAACAGGAAGGUCCAGCAGGCGGACUUCAGAUUCGAAUGUUCAGCAUCCUCUGUCGUUCGAUGAAACCACUCGGUCGAACAAGUUUACGGUAAAAGGCGCGAUCAAGAGGGCUAGUUCACUCGCUGGGUACAGAAGUGCAACAUCGCAAUGGGCUCUGUCACCCGGCAGGUCAGGUUCAUCUCCAGUGUCUGUAGAAAAUUAUGAGAGGCCGUUGUCUUUUUCGAGCUUGAAGCCACCGUCAAGUCCCUCUAGGCAUAAUGGUGUGGAGAAGUUGCUUAAUAUGGGACUUGAUCUGUUCAAAAUUAAGAAACCCUCAUCUCAUUCAUCUCCUCUAAGUCCUGCUGGUGCGGAACAUGUUCAUCAACUUCGUCUGCUUCAUAAUCGGUUGAUACAAUGGCAGUAUGUGAAUGCUAAAGCCAAUGCUGCGAACUCAAAGAUCACUAGCCAGGCCGAGAGAAAUUUAGCAUGUGCUUGGAGCAGCCUCACAAAACUGCAACAUUCUGUGCUCCAGAAGAAAUUACAGAUGGAGAAAGAAAAGUUCCAAAUGAAGCUGAACCUGAUACUCUAUUCCCAAAUUAGACCACUGGAAACUUGGGGAGACGUGGAAAGGCAACACUUGCUAGCAAUUUCCAAGACAACCGAGUCCUUGCAAUCUAUUGUCUGCAGAUUACCACUUAUAGAAGGUGCAGAGGUCAAGCCACGAUCUACUUCAUUCGCUCUUCGACAUGCUUUGGAUCUCACGACCUCUAUCAAGUCAGCAAUAAGCGAUAUCUCCCCAUUGGGAGAUGGCACUGUUUCGUUGCUCUCGGAGUUGGCGAAUGUGGUUGGGCAAGAAAAGCUGCUCUUGGAGGAGUGCCUGGAGUAUCUUAGGACCAUAUCCACGCUAGAGAUCCAAGAGAGGAGUUUAACAUGUAGCAUGAUUCAAAUGAAUCUAUGGUGGCAGCAGCAGCAGCAGGAGGAACAAGUACAACUACAACGACAACAAAACUGUCAAUAGGUGGCUUCCGUCGAGGGUCGAGAUGAAGAUCUAGCAGUUGGACCGACGUGUUAGAUGCCGAGACGAUUCAAUUCACUGCUUGCUCGAAGCAGUACGACUUAGGAAAACUGGGUUCACCUGUUCAUGUAGCAGGUUGAACUAAGAAAUGUGUCAACUAAGGCUCAAAAUGCAAACAUACGCGACGCGGCUUGUGUCUCCUGACAUUUUGGACGAUCGAAUUUGAGACUGGAAAUGAUU